AUGUGGUCGAGCUUCUACAACAACUUCGCGGCGAAGGGGCUUGCUCCGGCUCUCACGACGGCCCCAGCCACCACCACUGAGUUGACUGAUGAACCGCCAGGCGUGUCGCCCUCGACCCAGCCCCCAGAAUCUCAUCCCACAGGCACGGCCGCCGACGCAGAGGUCAAGAAGGUUAGCACUUAUAUCACACGUCACAGAGAGAUCGUGAAAUCUUAGCAAGGACACGAAGAAGUAGACGCUGUGGCGGUUAAAACGCCGGAAAACCCUGCGGCUCUAACUGCGGUCAGUUCUGAUAAAGGGCAAACAGGUCCACCACUGACUCCACUGCCAUCUGCCGACGUCGAUGCCGCCAGAAAAGGUUCCGAAAUAUGUUUUUCGAGAUGAUUACCUCGUAAGAAUCAGUCCUGAUAAGACUUUUUCUUUCAAGGAGCCGCGAAACAAAUAGCUGCGGUAACUGCCGAACGCGCCAUAGCAGAAGAGGAAAAGGUAGUUACUAGUCUUAUACGAAGCUUGCAGGUUGUUUUUGCAGUUAAUGAAAGAGCUGGAAUUCUAUCAUGGGUUCUUGCCUCGGGAGGACAUCUUCUAUCUCCUGCGCAACGAUGGGGACUACAUUCUACGUGUCAGCGAAGUCCCUGUUCGUGAAUAUGUAUCUGGAAAACAGCUGAUAUUUGACUUGAGGUCAACGAGAGCAACAGAAAGGAGGCAGUUAAUCGAAGAGAAAUUAUUCUUUCUGUAAUGACGGAGGUUGAAACAUUCUUGUUUUGUCAGGAAAAAAAAUAUGCAGAGAAAAACCUGAGCGAAUAUUAGAUUCCUCGACGUAUGAAAAUAAGAAAUUUGUGCAGGUAUAAUCUGUGUGCCACGACUGGAAAUUUAUUCGAACGACGUUCCGCUGUGCCGCUGCGCGCCUUUUCGGACCUUUAAUUUUUUUUUUCUUUUAUCAAGGUACUCUACUUUCAUGUGCUCUCACAGAAAUAACAAUAAAGUGAAAGUGUGACCUAGAUUCGAAAGACGCUUCGCGAACGCACGCAGCGGAACUUCGUUCGGUGAAAUUUAAAGUCGUGGCACUCAGACUAUAUGAGAGAAUAUGAGAAUUUUUCAAUAAAAAGACGUCCAAAGAGUGUUUGAAAAAACCUAUGAAAAACCCCAACUUCCAACUAAAGAGAACUUUUUCAUGAGCCCCAUAGUCUGAGAUAACAGUUGCAAAGUUCAGCUCCACCAUCAUGGACAAGAACAAGUAUGCGACAACGGAAAACUCGACCCGGCCAGAGAUCAUCACCACGAGACAAAGGUGGCCUUCAUGUCGUUUAUUUUCUCAUAUAUUUUUUCAAGUUGCGAAACGUGGUCGUUCGCCGUAAUCAAGGGAAAUACUCGGUGGAGGCUUCUCGAUACUUUGACACCAUCCGAGAACUAGUCAUGUUUUACGCAGAAAAGGGACAAGCCAAUGGCGUAGGCUCCUCUAUCACUACUCAGAAAAGGCUGUUUUCAGUUGCGUAUGCUUCUCAAAACGCCGAUCAAGCUACAAACAUGGGAAUAUUUGCACUCGGCGGUGAAGAUGGGCAGUUUGUUGGGCGAAGGAGCCUACGGCGAGGUGCGUCAAGGCGUCCUCCGUCGCAAAGGACGCAAUGUCGACGUGGCUGUCAAAUUAGUUAGCUUAUAUGAUGAAAGAAAUGCCCAAAAUCUCAACAUUGAAGACCAAAGGCGCCGGUGACUUGUCGAAGGUCAAGAUACGUGAGAUGAUGAAAGAGGCUCGGCUGAUGCGAAACUUCAAGCACAAGAAUAUCGUUCGGAUUUUUGGCGUCGCCGUUGAUGAACAGCCUCUUUACAUCCUUCUAGAACUGGUCAAAGGCUUGGAAGUUUCUUGUUUUGUCGAAAGGAAACAAACCUUGCAGGAGGCGCUUUGAACACUUACCUGCAGAAAAAUGGACCAAAUGUUCUUUUAAAAGAAAGACUCGCCAUGUGUCAAGGUAGAUCAGAGUGAUUCAUUGAUUUCUCAAGCCUCUGCUUAUGGGAACUAAAAAUAAAUAAAAGACCCUCUCAGCAGAUAAAAUGGGCAAAGUCGGAAAGGCUGGUCAAAUCAAAAAAAAAAAUGGAAGGCUCGAUAAAGGGAAUCUCUUUGCUGCCUUUUUAGAGCCUUUCUACGGUCUUUUUUGAGCAUCUCUCUUUUAGCGGCCAUUAUCCACCAUUCCGACCUUGCCCGAGAACUCAAAACUAUCGUGGCAUUCGAAAUGAAUAAAGAUCUAAACAAAUGAUCAGUGUAUAAAUUGAAAAAAAAAAACGUUUUUGGAGUAUGCGAUUAUGCGUCCCAGUGUGUUUACACCAUAACUACCAUAAUUCACGGAAAGUUUCGACUGACGUACCGAAAAAAAACGCCUUAACAUGGUAACCAGAAUAACCAAAAGUUUUCAAUGGAGAGCAGAUAAUCAAUGAAGUUGAUAUUAGGUUAAUCACAGCAAGCAUUCAAAGUAAUAACUUACGAAAAAAUAUAAUGAAAAAUCGUCGAAGGAGCUGCACAUGGACUGGAGUAUCUUCAUGCGGCAACUUGUAUCCAUCGCGACAUAGCCGCCCGAAAUUGCCUUUAUUCUAAUGACAAAAUCGUAUGUCUAACAUUUUUUUGAUAAAAUAAGCUCCGAAACGCAAAAUUUUUGUUAUUAAAUUGUGGUUGAAGAUCAAAAUCAGCGACUUUGGACUGUCACGACUCGGCAACACGUAUAAGCUGGUGACUCCUCAGAAGCUUCCGAUCAAGUGGCUCGCUCCGGAAACGAUAACCACGCUUGUUUUUUCCCUCAAAACGGACACUUAUAGGUGAGAAUCAAUCAAGGGCUUUCACAAGCGUGAAAGGUUACCUGACACAUAUUGAAGGGUCUGAAGUCUAAUGAUGGUGUUACAAGGGAUACCUUUGAGAACUUUGAGAGCAAUAUACUCUCAAGCACCUCCGUUUUGGCUAAGAUAGAGCUAAAAAGUUCACUGGAGCUCUCAAAAUGGACCCUUUUUUGGACGCCUUUGAUCCAUUUUUAGAGAUAUGAGACUUUGGUAUGCUUUAGAUUUGCUUGUGAUCUCAGCCGAAGUUUUUUUUUUCAUAGUUUAGAAAAGUUUAGAUCAAUUUGUAAUUGAAAAAAAUUCAAUUUCUAAUCGGAAAUUUAACAAAAAAAUUUUUAGGUGUAGGUUUUUCAAUUUAAUUUGUCAAGAAUUCAAACGAGGCUAUUGAGUUAAUGGAUAUAUUAGAUCAGAUAGUGAUCCUUUGAUCUUCUGAGAAGAUGGGAAAUAGGCCUUGUACUCCAGCUUGAGCAUCCAAGAAUGGUGACUGCUAGAGAACUGAAAGAAAACUGAAAGAGAGCUGCGAGAGAACUGCAAGUAAACUGCAAGAGAACCGCUACAGAACUGCAAGAGACCUGAAAGAGAACUGCAAACCAGGACCCUAAACCCAAAUUAGACCUUAAAAAAACUUUCACCGCUGUUACUGGUCUCUAGUCGGCAUAUGGUACUUUUAGGAGUCUGAAAUUUCGUUGAGAAGGGAAACAUUUCUCGACAUGAGUCAGACCGCGUCCAGCCUGCUUUAUUUUUUCUUUCUCAUCUCAUUUUUUCAUAAUGAAUAUUUUUCCCGUUAUUGUAUAAAAUCGCUUUCAGCUACGGCGUGAUGUGCUACGAAGUGUUUUCCGACGGCUGCGAGCCCUGGGACCACUGUACGAACACGGACGCCAAGAAAAACGUUGCUAGAAACAUUGAAAUCGUCUUUCUCUAGCCUCUCAACUUUUUCAGGUUGUUUCGGGCAAACAUCUCACCAUUCCUGACAUCUGCCCCGAUCGCUUCAAGAAUUUCAUCUACGAGAAAAUUUACGUUAAGGACCCCAACAAGCGUGUCUCCAUGGCGGACGUUUGUAUUUUUUAAGCAUUAAAAUUAAAGUUUUUAAAAUCACACAGGUUGAAUCAAAAAAAAAAAGCUUGAAAAUACUUUUGAGACUCAAUUUUUUUUUCCAGGUGUCACGAUUUAUUGACGCACUAAUGCUGGAGUACGCGGACGAGACGGUUAGCAUCUUUUUUACACGAAAUAUUCAAACGGACCAAAGUGGAAACAAAUGUCUUACCGUGACGUAUACCGUUUCAAUACGUUGAAUUUCUUCUGAGACUUGUAAAUCGAUUCGAAUGUCUUAUUUUAACACAGUUUUUUUUAAACUGGCUGUCUAACCAAUUUUUUUUUCCAAUAAUUGUUGCAAUCGAAAAAUAGCGGUUUCAGCAAGACCCAAAGGGACCGGCAGAUCGGAGCUCCUUUAUGCCCACUGUGGCUACGACGGCUCCGAGCGUCAUGAACCCUCUAACAGCCAACAUCACCGGUUCGUUUUUCCUCUCUGAUUUUCUCGACGCCAUUUUUUCAGCUGUUGUGGUUCCGUUGAGCACGAGAAAAGCACACAAGACGAACACUGGAUAUAAAAGCAAAAAACAGUGA